AUGGCGCCCUUGUCAAAAGAAGCAAACACUAUCACAUACACUGAAGAUGCCUUACCGAAACUUGUGGCUCCGCAAGCAGCUCCUAGAAAAUAUGAAAUAAUAUAUUUUAACUUACUGACAUUCGGCUAUGCGCAUAUAGCGACACUAUAUGGAGUUUAUCUCGCAUGCACCGCCGCUAUGUGGAAGACACUCAUAUUCCAUCACAUAAUUCUCAUUCUGGCAUUCAUGGGCAUAACCGCGGGCGCUCAUAGGCUGUGGAGCCAUAGAGCAUACAAGGCCAAAAUGCCCUUACAAAUAAUACUCAUGGUGUUCAACUCACUGGCAUUCCAAAACACGGUUAUACACUGGGUGCGAGAUCAUCGGUUGCAUCAUAGACACAGCGAUACCGAUGCUGAUCCGCACAACGCAACUCGAGGCUUCUUCUACUCGCACAUUGGAUGGCUCUUGGUUAAAAAGCAUCCAGAGGUGAAGCGUCGCGGGAACUUCGUCGACAUGUCCGAUAUAUAUGCUAACAGUGUACUGAAGUUUCAGAAAAAGUACGCCAUCCCUUUCAUAGGAACUGUCUGCUUUGCGUUACCAACAUUCAUUCCUAUUUACUUCUUUGGAGAAACCCUCAACAUUGCAUGGAACCUCACCGUAAUGCUUUACGUCUUCACCCUCCACUUAACGUUUUUAGUCAAUAGUGCAGCUCAUUUAUGGGGCAACAAACCUUAUGACCAACAAAUUAAGCCGGUUCAAAACAUUUUAGUGUCCUUCUUGGCAUUUGGCGAAGGAUUCCACAACUACCAUCAUGCUUUUCAAUGGGACUAUCGGACUGCAGAGUUGGGCAAUAACUGGCUGAACGUCACCACUAAGUUCAUAGACUUCUGCGAAGGUAUCGGUUUGGCUUACGAUCUAAAAACGGUACCGGCAGACGUGGCACAGUCCAGAGCAAUCAGAACUGGCGAUGGGACUAACAAGUGGGGCUUCAAAGUUCACAGUGAAAAGAAAUAA